AGCCGCACCUCUAAUCAAUUCACAUCACGUGGCUUUCUCAUCCAAUGAGAUUGCUCGUUGCUUCAACAUAGUGCAACCGGGCAUUUGAUCCGAGUUCGCAUCGUGCUGCGACAGUCGAAGCUUUCGUCUUUCUCGAUCUUCCAGUUCCUUCAGCCAUUAUGUCGAAGUCAAUGUCAGGUAUAGAGAUGACAGAGGAGUGCAUAGAGCUCUUCAAGGACAUGAAGAUUACAACUAAAGGCGCUGAUAGACCCAGGUUCAAAUACGCGAUAUUCAAGCUGUCAGAUGAUAACACUAAAGUGGAGCUGGAGGAAAAAGUUGAAGCAAAAUGCCUUGCAAACAAUCGUGAAGAAGAUGAGGAAAUAUUUGAAGAGUUAAAGGGAAAACUGUCCAAGAAAGAGCCUAGAUUUAUUCUGUAUGACAUGAGAUUCUGCAGCAAGUCUGGCUCCCUCAAGGAAAUAUUGACUUUCAUCAAAUGGUGUAGUGACGAAGCACCUAUCAAGAAGAAAAUGUUGGCCGGCUCUACAUGGGAGUACUUGAAAAAGAAGUUUGACGGUUUGAAAAAGUACUUCGAAGCUUCUGAAAUAUGCGAGAUGUGUUACAACGAAUUCGCAGAUGUAGUAGAGAGGUGAUGGAUACGAAUCUCACUCCUUUGUUGUCAAAUAUAAACAUUCUGAUUACAUUCCAACUCUAGCUAUCACAUGAUACAUGACUGUUGUUUGCGAUCUCGAAAAAAAAAUAAAAUCAGUUGAAAGUUAAGUCAUAGGAAAUGGUUCCUGAUUUCUCUGCAAUAAAGAAUUAAUUUCCACAAAUCAUUUUGUACUGGAUCUAAGAUGAUUUUUUGAAAGUAAUAAUGUAAUAUUUCUAUUAAGAAAUGUUUUGAUAAGCAAGGAAACAUGAAUCUGAAAUUUUCUCUUGUAAUUUACUCUUGUAGCUCUGUUGUACGUAAAUGUUUUGAAAAAUAAAACGCAUGUAAUUUUG